GGCGGUGUGGCUGCUGCCUAGUAUCAAUGAUCCUUCUAACUUAAAUUUGAUAUUCUGAAGAUACUGCUGUAAAAAAUACUGAGCUAUUAUUUAACGAUAUAUCCGUAGUAUGGCAUAUCCAGCACAAAGUGGGUUCAGACAGCGUAAGUUACAGCCCAAAAUGAGGAUGAGGAACACGUCUGCAGACGGCUCGGACCCGAGCCCCCUGUUCGAGGACACCAGUGGGGGACAGGGGGUGGGCGGCGGCUACGCCAGAGGCCACGACAAGGGAGCCGCCGCAGCGGGCACAGUCUACCCGGGCCAGAACCUCCUCUCCGACCCCAUGUCCAACCUGGCCAUGGCCUACGGCAGCAGCCUGGCCAGCCAGGGCAGGGAGAUGGUCGACAAAAACCUGGACAGAUUCAUCCCCAUCUCCAGGCUAAAGUACUACUUUGCAGUGGACACCAUCUACGUUGGCAAGAAGCUCGGCCUUUUAGUCUUCCCUUAUAUGCACGAGAACUGGGAAGUAAGCUACCAGCAGGACACACCAGUGGCUCCACGCUUCGACAUCAACGCCCCGGACUUGUACAUUCCAGUUAUGGGCUUCAUCACAUACAUACUGGUGGCAGGCUUAGCACUGGGAACACAGAACAGGUUCACUCCUGAGAGCUUGGGCAUGCAGGCCAGCUCUGCGCUGGUGUGGCUGAUCAUCGAGGUGCUGGCUACUCUGCUCAGCCUCUACCUGGUGACCGUCAACACAGACCUCACCACCAUAGACCUGGUGGCCUUCUCCGGGUACAAAUACGUCGGCAUGAUCGUAGGAGUGGUGGCUGGGUUGAUGUUCGGCAGGAUGGGAUACUACCUAACACUACUGUGGUGCUGUGCCUCUAUAUUCGUCUUCAUGAUCCGCACGCUGCGCCUGAAGAUCCUGUCGGAGGCGGCUGCGGAGGGCGUGCUGGUGCGGGGGGCCAAGAACCAGCUGCGCAUGUACCUCACCAUGUCCAUCGCCGCCGCACAGCCCAUAUUCAUGUACUGGCUUACCUUCCACCUAGUCAGGUAGAACAGACAGACAAACACAGCCAGGGGGCCAGGUGUGUGUGUGUGUGUGUGUGUG